AUGAGAAUGUUUUACAUCCUCUUGAGUUUACUUUUCUGUGGGCUCACCUCCGCGUUGCUAGACGAGCCGUUGGUGACGUUUGAACCUGACGACGGAGCGGUCGAGUUUGGCACUGGUCCAAUCCUGCGCGAUGCAAGCGAUCCUGUCGGUGUUCAAAUAGCGACCGACUGUUUGGCUUCUGAUCUCAAAGAGGUCACUGGCGUUGAGCAUCGCGUUUUGGAGUGGUCUCCGGAAGGAGGAGUUGCCGCAGAAGAAGACUUCUCAGGCGGGCUCGUGAUUAUUGUCGCAACGGCAAACUCGUCGUUGGUAGCCAAGCUCGAAGAAGAUGGUAAAAUUUUGGUUGACGAUAUCCGGGCUAAAUGGGAGACAUUCCGAACAGUUCUGGUUGAGGACCCUCUUCCUGGUAUUGGCCAUGCGUUGGUGAUUGUGGGAAGCGACAAACGAGGAACGAUGUUUGGAGUCUUUACGCUCUCCGAGCAAAUCGGGAAGUCACCACUCCAUUUCUGGGCGGACGUCCCUGUCACCAAGCAUGAUACUAUUUAUGCUCUGAAUAAAACGACAACAUCCGGCUCACCCAGCAUUAAAUACCGCGGCAUAUUCAUCAACGACGAAGCCCCCGCAUUGACAGGGUGGUGGCACAAAGCCGGAAACAGCACGGAUUAUACCUUCGACGCCGACUUCUACCGCCAUGUUUUCGACCUCCUCAUUCGCCUCAAGGCCAAUUUUAUGUGGCCUGCCAUGUGGGGUUCCUGGAUCCCUAAGCCAGGUCGAUCUUUCUUCACCGAUGAUCCGCGGAACCAGCAGCUCGCCGACGACUGGGGCAUUGUUGUGAGCACAAGCCAUGCGGAGCCAAUGCAAAGGUCUAGCAACGAGUGGAAACUUGUUUCCGACGAUCUAGGUGGUGAGUGGAACUGGGAGACAAACAAAGAAAAUGUGGUCCGGUAUAUGGAAGAAGGUGUCAAGAGAGCUGGGGAUAACGAAACAUACUUCACUAUCGGCAUGCGCGGGGAGAAUGAUUCGGCGCUCAAGGCUGAGGAUCCAAUUGCUGUUUUGAAAGAUGUCUGGGCGGCUCAGAGGGAGUUACUGGCAAAGUAUCAUGGUAAUCGAACCGAUGCCGUGCCGCAGGCUUGGACGGUGUACAAGGAGGUCAUGACUUAUUAUGCGGCUGGUCUUGUCCCGCCUGAUGAUGUGACGUUGAUCUUUUCGGAUGAUAACUGGGGGAAUGUGCAGCGGUUGCCAACCGAUAAGGAACGGGAGAGGGCUGGUGGAAUUGGUUUAUACUAUCAUUUUGAUUACGUCGGGCGCCCGAAGAGCUGGAAGUGGCAGAACAAUAACAACCUUCCCAAAGUCUACAAAGAGCUAUACCAGGCAUACGAGCGUGGCGCUGACAGAAUCUGGGUCAUCAACGUUGGGGACAUCAAACCCAUGGAAGUCCCCAUCUCACUCGCCUUUGACCUGGCCUGGAACGCAUCUCGAUUUGACUUUGAGAGUAUCCAUUCCUACCUCGAAGCGCUGGCAGCUCGCGACUUUGGAACUGAAUAUGCGGAACAAAUCGCAUCAGCUCUGCUGGAACACAGUCAUCUCGCUGGACUGCGCAAGUACGAGAUGCUAGAGCCAACAACAUACUCGGUCCUUAAUUUCCGCGAAGCCGAACGCGUCCUUGAAGACUGGAAAGACCUAGCGGAGACAGCACAAGAAAUUCAUGAGAAUCUAUCUGAAGAACGGCGCGAUGCUCUAUAUCAUCUUCUGACAUAUCCCGCCCAAGCCGGUUACAACUAUUACCAGACCCUCCUUGGUCAGGGCCGAAACCGCCAAUUCAGCUUUGAGCGACGAAACUCCGCGAACCUUGUCGCUCAGAAUGUACUCAACUACUUCGAAGAUGACUAUGACUUGACCCAGGAAUACAAUUCUAUCGCCGGCGGCAAAUGGGAGGGGAUAAUGGCCACUCCAAAGUUUGACAUGGGAAUUGCAGACUGGAGGCCUUCAUCACGCGAUGUUCUUGCAAACCUGUCCUAUGUUCAACUGAGGCAGGACUUUGACUACGCCUUCGGAAACCUAGGGAUUUUCGUGGAGCAGUCUAUGAGCGCUUACUACCAAGCCCGCAUCUGCGCUUCGAUCAACCCGUCUCUGCCAACAGACGAAGGCUUCUCCCCUGUCCUACCAAUCAUGGACCCGUAUGGCCCAGAGGCAAGAAUUGUUGAGCUCUUCCAUCGAGGCGAUCAUCGAAAACCUCUUGGCUGGUCUAUUUCGAUACCUCAUCCGUGGAUUCGGUUGUCCAAAGCGAACGGGACGCUCUCGAAGGACCACCCAGAAGAGAGACUGGAGGUCUCAAUCGACUGGUCUUCCGUACCAGAGAACUUCACAGAGACCGUUCAACUACGCGUUGAAUGGGAUCCAUCACCGACAUACUUUGACCUUAUCCAUAUCCCCAUCCGGAACCUCCGAGUUCCAGAUGACUUCGUCGGCUUCCCUGAGUCAGGCGGGUUUAUUUCAAUCGAAGGCUCGCACUUCCAGCGCUCAUCGUUUGGCAACGACACUGAUAUCGCCUUCAAGCACAUCCCCCACCUUGGUUCCCGCAGCCGCUCCGGCUCAAUAGCCCUCCGCCCGUACCAAGCGGCCCGGGCAUCACCGGAAGCCGUCAAAUCCGCCUUUGUCGAGUACUCCAUCUACCUCUUCAACUCGAAGUCCGCUUUCAACGCAACCGUCUACAUAAACGGUGCGCUAGACACAGACCCGGAUCUGCCGAUGCAGUACUCUCUGACAGUUGACGACCAACCUGCGAAUUUUACACGUGUUCUUGGAGAGCCAGAAGAGCCGGGUGAUACGCCGCCCGGAUGGAGUGCCGAAGUGGCAGAUGGUGUUUGGAAGAGGGAUGUCUUGAUAAAUGGGUUGGAGAAGGGGGAACAUGUGUUAAGGUGGAGUGUGAAUUCGCCCGAGGUCUAUCUGGAGAAGAUUGUGCUUAGUUUGGAGGGGCAGUUGUAUAGUUAUUUGGGGGCACCGGAGACAAGGAUGGUUGGUGGUGAUGAACGGGAUGAGUGA